GCGUACUCCGGAUCAGAGCGCUUCGAAGACGAUGUCAACCCCUCCGCCGGAGGCGCAGCAGCUGCGUGUCCGAGAAACGUGGAAAGAGAAGGGUGUUGUGGUGGACCUUGGCGGCGAAGACGACGAGCCUUUGGAAAAACGUCACCUGCGCAGUGUGACACAAGCGACCACAGCGGCGGUGUCGAUGGCUCGCGCAGCGGAGGACGAAAGGCCGAUCACAGGUGCACUGCCCUGCACGCCGUCUCAGCCGCGUCAGCGCAACGACGGUGGUGACGGUGCAUCUUGCCAACGAGGUGGUGGCGGGGGAGUCGUCGCAGAUGCGCGUGCAGCAGGGGGCGAGGCGGCAGGUGGCGCGGGUGUGGCUGUUGCAGACCAAUCACAGCUCCAGCAAGCGAUCUCCCGUGCGGCGGUGGUGGAAAAUAUAGCUCUGCGCAUCUUGCACGGCUGGGUUUUCAAGUCCGGGAACCGCCCAAGGGGGUACCACCUUGCUUUCCAGUACUCGUUGGAGUCCGUAGCGAUGGACAUUGCGCGUGCAAUGUGGUACGGCGAGGAGUGCCGCAACGUCGUCAGCGCGCCGAUCUGCGCCCACACGAUAGAUCUUAACAUGGACCUUCCACUGUGGUACGCCUGCGCGAAUAUCGAGGACAGACCUGAGGACGACGACAUGGCUGCGUACCAGAAGUCCACCGUCAUUAGCAUCGCGCAUUCGUUCCGCGCGGCGGUGCAAAUGGGCGCUCACAUCGACGACGAUUUCAUCUCCUACGAGCGUCUAUGUCGGGUGGCUGACUGCUUCAGGUUGUUGCUGGCGGCGUCCAUGUGGAUUAUGCGCAUGGCGGGAGACGAUCCACGCAGUCACUACGAAGCAUUUUACUUUGCGGAUCUCGUCGCCAAGCUGACACUAAUUGCCUCCAUGCAUCGGUCCUUCGAUCAUCGACAAUCCGUCGUCCGCGCCGCGAACGUCAUCACGGAGAGGCUUGGGAAGGCGAAAGCCACGCUCGGAGUGUACCCCGACUACAUCCCUGAUUGGGCACCAUGCGGCAUCGGAUUUGCGCACGACGCGACCAUCAAGGGGCUGGAGGAUGCGAAGAGGCUGGAUUGGUUGGGUUCGGGCCCCGCUGAUGAUGACAUCAAAGGCGAAGGAAAAGACAACGCAUAAGGUGGGCUGGUAUGCGGGGGGAGAGCGGGGAGACAACGCUUCUAAGAACGAAGGCGCAUGUACGCG